GCAACGUUCAGCACGGACAGCCAACACAACUCAACCGAGCGCAGAGCUUACCUGGCUCCGCCGAGAUAUUUAUAUUUUCCCCUGAAAAGGAAGGAGUGUGGACCGCCGGAAAGCCCUGACGUCACCAUGACAGGUAGACAGUAAAGAAAGGUUUGGGUCGUGAGGAGGAGAGGGAGUUAACACUGCGGGCGUGCUUGAGGUGGCCUCUCCAUCCCGGUGAACACCUUUCCGGGCUCGGAGCGCGCUCGGACGCACGUUUGACGAUGGACGGCUGGCCGCCGCUGCUGCUGCUGGCUCUCCUCGCCAUUGCGGGAGGCGGCCUUGGGGCAGACACAGAGGAGCGGUUGGUGGAGCAUCUCCUAAACCCAGCGCAUUAUAACAAACUGAUCCGUCCUGCGACUAACGGCUCUGAGCUGGUUACUGUGCAGCUGAUGGUGUCUUUGGCCCAACUCAUUAGUGUUCAUGAACGAGAGCAGGUGAUGACCACCAAUGUCUGGCUAACACAGGAGUGGCAGGACUAUCGUCUGACUUGGGUCCCCGAGGAGUUUGAUGGAAUGCUGAAGGUCAGGCUGCCCUCCAAACACAUCUGGCUGCCUGACGUGGUGCUUUACAACAAUGCUGAUGGGGUGUACGAGGUGUCGUUCUACUCUAAUGCAGUGGUGUCUUACGAUGGCAGCAUCUUUUGGUUGCCCCCGGCAAUCUAUAAAUCAGCCUGUAAGAUUGAGGUCAAGCACUUUCCCUUUGACCAGCAGAACUGCACGCUGCGCUUCCGCUCCUGGACCUACGACCGCACUGAAAUCGAUCUGGUGCUUCGCGCUGAUGUAGCCAGCAUGGAUGACUUCACCCCCAGUGGAGAGUGGGACAUCAUCGCCCUGCCGGGCAGACGAAAUGAAAACCCAGCUGACCCUACUUACGUGGACAUCACAUAUGACUUCAUCAUUCGCAGGAAGCCUCUUUUUUAUACUAUCAACCUCAUCAUCCCGUGUGUGCUCAUCACCUCGCUGGCGAUCCUGGUCUUCUACCUGCCCUCUGACUGUGGCGAGAAGAUGACACUCUGCAUCUCAGUGCUGCUGGCUCUCACUGUGUUCCUGCUGCUAAUCUCCAAGAUCGUCCCACCAACUUCACUGGAUGUUCCUCUGGUCGGAAAGUAUCUGAUGUUCACCAUGGUUCUGGUCACUUUCUCUAUCGUCACCAGUGUAUGUGUCCUGAAUGUGCACCAUCGUUCUCCCACCACACACACCAUGCCCCCUUGGGUUAAACUAGUGUUCCUCAACAAGCUUCCUGCCCUGCUCUUCAUGCGCCAGCCGAGAAACAGCUGCGAGCGUCAGCGGCUGCGUCAAAGGAGGAGGGCGCAGGAGCAGAGCGAGGGUGGUCGAAGUGGAGAGGCAGGGGCCUUGAUGGUGGGGCUCGGGCUGGGAAAUGCUGGUGGGAAUGGAGGGGGGACCUCCACAGUGUUUGGUAAGGAGGACAGUGACCCUUGUACGUGCUAUGUGAACCGCGCGUCUGUUAAACAAUUUGGAGGGGAUCUGGGAGGUGCAGGAGGGGGAUCCAUCGAUGGUCUAAACAGAGUCAGAGAAGGUCGAGAAGGGGGCUCUGGAAACCUUCCAAGAGGGAAGCAAGCAGCUGCAGGUCCUGCUUUGACCCAGGCCCUGCUGGCUCAAGCCUGUCCAGGCUUUGAGGAAGCUGUGGAAGGAGUACGCUUCAUCGCAAAUCACAUGAAGAGCGAGGAUGAUGACCAGAGUGUGAGCGAGGACUGGAAGUAUGUUGCCAUGGUGAUCGACCGCCUCUUCCUGUGGAUCUUUGUGUUUGUAUGCGUGUUCGGCACGAUGGGCAUGUUCCUGCAGCCGCUCUUCCAGAACUACACAGCCAAGACCAUCAACAUGCCAGGUUGACCAUUUUUCCCCAGCCACAAGCACGCUGACAGACAGCUCCCCGACCAAUCAGCACAGCAGGACAUGGGCCGGAGGCGGGGGGUGGGUCUGGGUUUUAAUGUGUCUAUGGUACAGGAACCGGAACUGGAAUAAACAACAAUCACAUCCAUUACCUUUAUAGUAACAGUUUUUGCAACAAACGAUUUUUCUCCUAUGAAGAUAAAGAAAAACACCAUCUUACUCUUACCUGCAGGUUUUUGGUUGUUGUUUUUUUUGUCCAGAUGCUUAAUGGUGUGACCUCUUUCUGGUGGAAAGGUCUCUCCCUGCUUCCCUCUUCAGCCAGCCAGGGAGUGAGGAUUCUCCGAGUUAUUCCUUGUUGAACCUUACGCCAGCUAGUUAACACUUUCCGCAUUACACUGACUGCUUAACUGACACGUGACAUACCUGCCUUCAGCUACGACAGACAUUACAUAUUCACUAUGUUGAUUGAUGUCAGUAUCAGAGAGGAAAGGGAAGUUUAUAUCAACGUUCUUACCCACCCACCCCCCGAAAAAAAAACAACUAACAAAUCCACUCUGUCAGUAAACUGAUUCAGUAUAUUUUAUCAUAGCAUAGCUGCUUACCACAGUAUAGCAUUGAGUAUAUAUUAUUAAGAUUUCUCUAUGUUUAUUAGAUCAUGCAAGGAUAUGACGCUAAUAGAGAGACUAUGGUGUGUUGUAUGAUUGUAUAGAUAUAACCAGAAUGUGAUAUAAACUGUAAUACACAGCCUGUGAUGCGCACACUAACACAAUAUGUGUAAAAGCAACAGAUUGUGAAGGAAAAAUAUAUAGAAGGCAGUUGUACUUCGAAAAGAGCCAGGUUGCAUUAUUACAUAAAAGUCAAAGGGAUGAAGUAAUAGAUUAUGCAUGGACAGUUUUCUGCUCAGACUGUUGUGCACAGUAAGUAGAGAACAGCCGCAGCCUGCUGUGCCAGAGUGCACAGCUGCACUGAGACGAAUCUAGCUCCUGAGAAAUUGAGGAAGCUGAGCCAAGAGUGUGGAUAUGGGCUCCUAUAUGAUGGGUGGUGGAACAUGGUGGAUUGAUGGGAGGUGUAUCAUGGAUAUUAAGUCAUGUCACAACUGUUCAUUUUCUGUUAUCAGAGCAGGACAAAGCCUCAUUCGCUUGUCAUUUUCUCCUCUCCUCUCCUCUCCUCUCCUCUCCUCUCCUCUCCGCUCCUCUC